AUACAGAAACUGUGGCUUAAUAGAAAUUCAUCAGGUCUACAAUCCGUUGUGGCGAAGUCGACCUGUAGCGGUGGGCAGAACGCUGCAGAAAGAGCAGGAGAUACGGCGGGAAGUUGAGACAAAAGGCGCUUCAUCAGCAACAACAAUGACAGCUAACAAACAACCGUUAAGUGCCGCAACAAAUCGCCAAAAAUUGAAAACUGUGGGAAUACUGCUGCACGUCAGGGACGCCGCAAAAGCCGCGCCAAGCUCACACAUAGCUACAAAUCUCGUUUGCCCACGGUGGGACGCGUACACAGAGAGAAAAUGUGGGGUAAAACAAAAAUUAGGAGUAUUAGAAUGGCAAAUUCGGGCUGCAAGUACCAAAUCAUAUAAUAUAUAUAUAUAUCUUUUGAUGUUAUCUAAUAUUGUUAAAGAUUUAAUGAAACUGUGAUUAGUGAUCUACAGUUUCUCUCUGUGUAGUAGAGCGAACUGGAGUACCGAGGAGGCGAGCGAAAAUAAAAGACAAUAAAAACAAAUAAAAAGUAUUUUAAAAUGCCAUUUGAAUUAAACUUGAAACCGAGAACCAACCGAAGGCAACUGAAACACAGUGGC